CGGUCCCGGGGGCCGGGGCGGGGCCGGCGCCGCGUUCCGCGCUUCCUGCCCCCUCGGGCGCGCCACUCUACUCCCGGCCAUGGCGGCGGUGGCUCGAGGCCGGUGGCUGCCUCGGGCGUGGCUCUGCAGGAGGGCGGGGCCGGGUUGCGGCCGCCACUACCGCGCCGCGCUCUGCGCCGAGCUGAAGCAGCCCUUGGCCAUCAAGGAGGUCGCCUCCCGCCCUGUCAGGCCUCACGAGGUCAGAGUUGAUGUCCAUUUCUGUGGAGUUAAUUUUGCUGACAUUUUGGUCUGCCGUGGUCAGUAUCAGGAAAAGCCCCAACUUCCCUUCACACCUGGAAUGGAGUUUUCCGGGACUGUACUGGAGACAGGCACCGAUGUCAGCAUAGUGAAAGAGGGAGAUCGAGUUAUUGGUGUGAGUGGCUUUAAUGGUAUGGCUGAAGAAUGCGUCAUUGACCAAAAGGCACUGUGGCAGAUUCCAGAAAGGGUCCCCCUCCGAGAAGCUGCUGCUCUGCCUGUAUCUUAUGGCACUGCUGUUUUGGCCUUGGAGCAUCGGGCACGCACUCGACCAGGAGAAACUGUUUUAGUGACGGCAGCAGCUGGAGCCACAGGCCUGGCGGUGAUAGAUGUGGCAACCAACGUUCUUCAGGCUCAGGUGUUUGUGAUAGCUGCAGCUGGAAGUGACGAGAAGUGCAAACUGGCAAUGCAGAAGGGCGCACAGUCCACUGUGAACUAUAGUCAGGGCAGCCUGAAGGAGGCAGUGAGGAAGCUGGUGGGCAGUGCGGGGGUGAAUGUGGCCAUCGACACUGUGGGAGGAGAUGUCUUCCUGGAGGCGCUCCGCAGGUUUCGGCAUCAACGAGAACAGCUGAGUGGGAGUGUGAAAAGGAAUAGAAGCAGAGGGAAAAUCAGGAAAUGCUUAAAUAUAGAAAAACAAGAUAUCCAACUGGAAAAUAUCCAGAAAAUGACUGCAGACUCUUUAGUUGGCAAUAUUGAAUGCUUUAGAAAUUAUGCAUGUGUUAAAUUCAGCUAUGCUGGCCCCGAUUAAUUACUUUAUAUAUGUAGUGUGGGUAAUUCUUUGGAUCAUCAUUCAGAUGUUAGAAUGACCUGGGGUGGCAGGUCCCUAGUUCACCAGGCACCAAAGCACAGACUCUUUUGAUCUUACUGGUUUCAGAAGCAGCCAGCGAGUUUUAGUGGGAAUGUUGUAUUCACACUGGUUCUCACUCUGUUUUUAACCAGGGACUCUGGAGUGUUCCAUUAAUACUGGUUUUAUUUCUCCUGUCAUCCUGGCAAGUGCAAUUUUUUGGUUUAUCUCAGUUUAAAGCUGAAGAAACAGAAGCGGACAGAACAGCAUACCCACCCAAGGGUCCCAGUUGCUUCUUUGGCCCCUGAGCAUACCUGCACUGUGCUGGGUGGUACUAUGCUCAGGGAAGCCAAGGAAGGAGGAUGUUGACUCCACGGAGAGCCAGGACAGAGAGCUGCUAACUCUCAUGCCCCUCUUGCCUUUUGGGUAAUGGGUAACCAAUUAUCACAAGUGUUAUCACAAGUGCUUCUCAUUUCCCUCUAAAGAAGAAAAGCAAAAAACAAAAGCCAAACAGAGAUACACAUAUUCUAUAUAAAGAUGUUUACAAAUUUUUAAAAAAGAUUUUUAUUUAUUUAUUUAUUUGCUAGAGCACAGUCAGGGGGAGCAGCAGGCAGAGGGAGAGGGA